ACAUAUAUAUAUAUAUAUAUAUAUUCUACACAAAUACACAUCCACCAUGUCUGGAAACUCCAACGUCGGACAAGCCUCAGUCUAUGAAGCCGGUGAUCAGAGGAACCCGAAGCAGUCUGAUAUCCCAGGCCCUACCAGGUUCGAAGAAGGCACUGAGAACUCCCACCUACCCAAUGACUCCAAGGAUGAACGAUCCAUUGCCAACCGUCUAGCAAACGAAGAGCGCAAAGAGCAUCUAAAGGACGAAGAUGACCCAGAGACCAAAGCCUCCAAACAAGACCCUACACUACCGGCAAAGCUACACGGCAACAAGCCGUCAAGGGGCGCCAGGGUCGAUGCUGACAUACAACAAGAGGAGGAGGAAUACCUCGAGCGGAAGGGCAAGAACUAGAUAAUCUGAUUCACAUCCUGAGACAUAGUGACCUAUACCAAACACGAUGAAAAAAAAUCCUGACACAA